ACGGCCUAUCUCCCCGCCUGUGUGUCCAACCCACCCUGUCCCCUGACUGUCCAGCCUCCGGCCCCCCCAACCAUGAGGCUCCUAGCAGCGUUUGGCUCAGCGCGGAGCCAGACCCGCAGCCCCAGAGCUCUGCCCUGCUUGAGGCACACCCCGUGCGCACGCCUAUGGACGCUGUACUCAGAGUAUAGGGCCUGUUGCAGAGCCCUUCACAGCCAAUGGAAAGACUCACUGGGACUUCGGUGGCCUUUGGAUCAGCCUCAUAGAGCACAGAAGACAGAUGUUUUUGCCCCAGGGACCUUAAAAUAUAUGAAGCAAAUCCUGCUCUUCUUUCCAUACUCGCUGAAUGCCCUUGAAACAAGAGGAUCACCUUGGAGAGAGGGGGUACUAUAGAAUUCUAAGAGCACAAGCACUGUGUUUACAUCGCCUGAUCCUCUGCAGAGGCUUUGUGUCCUAGUGCAGUUUGGGUGUGGGUGGAUGCACCACUACAUGGAUCCACCAGGCAUUCGUUCCUCCACGGUGCAAAGGAGUACAGGAGACAUGGUCUUCAGCAGCUCGGAGACAGAGCAGCCAUCAUGGAACGGUUAAGAUUCCUUUCCUUCCCAUUGCCCACCUCAGCACACAGACCAUUUACUGCAUGCUGGGGAAAGCAUUUGAUCCUAAGUAAAUACACUUUUGAAAGUCCUUUUAGUUUAUGCCAAUGAGUUAAACUGCUUAUUAAUUGAAGUGAUGUUCUGUAAUGCUCCAUUAGGAGCAGCAGUUCAAAAUCUAUCACAUAGAUUUUGUUUGCUUCAAUUCCAUUAAGCUGUCAUAGGGCACUUCGGGUUUUGUGGCAUUUCAUUUUGCAUGGCUCCUCAGGGUCAAAACCAGAACUGCACACAGCUGUCCCUUGUAAUUACAUUUCACUGACAAGUCAGGUGUUUGGUUUUUGGCUUGAUGCUCUAGCAGAGUCAGCAUUUAAUAGUCAGAAAUAAGCUUUGAAACUAAUGCCCCUUUAAAGUGAUUGAGGUGGUUUGCAGCUUUGAUACUUAAGUUUCAAAUGAGUUAGCUAGAGAAUUAGCAAGAGAAGACAAAAUUCAUACCAGCACAGAAGUCUAAUGCUAGGGCCCCUUCACUAUCUAAGUCCUGCAUUAAGCAGGACAUAAAUGGAGACAAAGGCCUUUUUUGUAGCUCUUGUACUGGAGAGGCUUUCACCCACAGAGCACUGAGUCACAUACGUGCAGCUAGAAACAUCACUUAAAUUUAAGUAAAUUCUGCAGACUACCUCAAGAGCUGUAUUAAGCUGCAUGUAUGUCAACAAUUGUCAGUAUAACUUAGUACACUUGAACUAGCACUCUGGGGCAGAGGUAUAAGAGGCUUUGCUAGAAGCCUAAGUCCACUAGCCUCCCACCCCCCACAUCAAAAUGGCUUAUAGUUUUACCUGGGAACAGUGAGCUGAGGUGAAGGGACCAGAGCCAACAUGCUGCGGAACCUGCUGGCUCUUCGGCAAAUUUCCCAGAGGACCAUAAGCACUGCUUCACACAGACAAGUUGCAAACAGAGUUCCAGAGAAGCAGAAGCUUUUUCAGGAGGAUAAUGGAAUGCCAGUGCAUCUUAAGAGUGGACUAGCAGAUCGUUUGCUGUAUAGAACCACCAUGGCUCUAACAGUUUUUGGAACAUGCUGUGCUAUUUAUGAGCUGUUUGUAGCUGCAAUGCCCAAGAAAGUGAAAUGAUUCCAGUUUACAAGAUGCCUCCUUAAUUAACAUCUCUUUGUCCAAUUUCAUGUAAUUCUUCAGGGAUCUUGCUUGUCCUUGUCAUACAUGGUUGAUUUCAUGUUUGGGAUCAAUAUUUAUGUUAACUGCAACCAAUAAAUCAGUUUUUACAUGUUGGGGGAAACAAAACAAAACAAAAAAAAACCAACAGUGAGCCCAGGCUGCUACAGCUUACACUUGACCCCCUGAUCUGCCUUCCUGCCUCACAAACUUACCUUUGUCGUCUUCUGGCCAAAGGAGCGGGUUGAUUGCCUGUUCUACCCAACUUACUCUGCAUGGAGAUAGAUGCUGACUACAGAUGGUCCAACUGCACAGCUUCAGGAGAGUGGUUGCUGCUAAAUAAAGAACACUGUUCCACAAAUCCUAAAGCACCUUUGGAAAGUCAGAAAGCAACCUGGCUUCUUCUAAACCAGAGUAGCAGAAGCUGGGAGUUUUUGUUGCACCGGCUGCUCUA